UAUAUUUUAUGUAUAAACAAACAUUAUCCAAUGUUUUCAGGCCACCGAGUACAAUGUAUUAUGUCUGUGCAUAUAUAUUUACAUAUAUGCUCCCUCUUCAAAGACCAUAGAAGAAAAAGUCUGCAAACUGAGAUCUUGAAGAAUCGAACCAUUAAUUCAACUUAUGAAAUUUUGUGAGGUGGGUUUCGAUCAUGGAUGGCAGCAACCAGAUAUUUGAACAUCUGAGUUUGAAGAAAAAACCAGAUGAUAAGUGGGUGAUUACAGAAGAUGGUAAAGAAAAUUCUGAGUCAGUUUCAUCUGUUGAAUCCUUAGAAGAUUCAACAAACUCUGCUUCUUCUUCAUUGCAUUCAUCAGAGUUGAUGGAGGAUGCCUCUUCUUUGGGAUCAUGUACAUCUUCUUCAUCAUCUUCAAAUGGACCUUUGUAUGAAUUAUCAGAGCUUGUUGCUCAACUCCCCAUCAAAAGGGGGCUUUCAAAGUUUUAUGAGGGGAAGUCUCAAUCUUUUACAUCUUUAGCAAGUGUGAAGAGCCUAGAAGAUCUUGUGAAGAAGGGGGCUCCUUGUAGAUUAAAAAUGAAGUCAUGCAAGAGCUAUGCAGCUGGUUUAGAUUGCCACAAGAAGCCAUACAGUCCCAAGGCUACCAUCUCAAAGAAGCCUUCGACUAUCAGGGGAUCCUUUUUAUCAUCGAUAGGUAGAAAUAAUUUGGUGAGUGCUUGCAGGCCGUCACUACGGAAGAACUUUUGAUAUGGGCAAAACUAAUAUUGGAACUUUCAUGAAUAUGUAGCAAACAAGCCUUAUAAUUUAGGUUUUUUUACCGGUUAAGCUUGAGAGUUGAGAUGAUGUUAAUAUGUCUUCCGGUUUGAGGCUUUAUCUACAUUUGUUCAGUAACUUGCUAACCUCUAUGUGAUGAAUUUCUUGUGAAAGAGAUCAUAAACUAGAAUGGAAAGUUUGUAUUAUAAAGCGUUUGUUAGGAA